AUGUGGAAAGCUAUACAGCAGGAGGAGACGUGUUAUGGUUGCAACACUUGUGGUGAUUUCAGAGAGCAUAUUGAUUGUGCAUUGAAAUCACAACCACUUGUUCUUAACCAAUCCAAGAUCCAUGAGCACCCUCACGCUCCUCGAAAACGAGUCAAAAUCCGAUGUGGAUCCAAUAUCAGUUGUAAAUCUUGGAACACACCACUACCACCACCACUUGUUCUUGAGCAAGUCAAGAUCCAUGAGCAUACCCUCACGCUCCUCCCGAGAGAGGUCUCUUUCACCUGCAACGCCUGUGGGAUAAAAGGCAAAGUGCAUCGACCUUCCCCGCCCGUCAUCCCAACCGCCUCUCUCACGCAUUCUCUGUUGCCUCCAAGAAGAAGCUGUGCUGUGGAGUUUGUGGCAAGGGCAUCGAUGGGGCGUACCCAUCUCAGGUAUGAUGCGCAACAAUGGGUAAUGGAGCUGGAAGGCGUGCCAGAAGAUGAGGAAAGUCUGCCUGUUCCUCUGUUCAUUGUUAUCAGCGACAACAUAAUAAUACAUUUCAGCCACGAGCAUUAUUUGAGACUCAACAAGUUGUUGGAAAAUCAACAACAAAUGUACUGGUGCGAGUAA